CAAUCUUCAAUGGAGGAGAACACACUCUACUCAACGAACAGGAUUUUACUAUUAUCAUCAUGCAACUUUCAAGCUUCGUCCUAAAGGUGAUGGAAACCUUCGCUGUGGCAACGUUUCUGUUGUCACCGGGCCCCUCGACGCCAUAUUGCAAGGCCAACGGUGAUGCAGAGCAAAGUCGAAAAGACUACUGUGCAGCGCGGUGUUCGGGUGUAAGACAAGCUCCCGCAACCAAAGCUGCACUAAUAGAUUUGGUGAAUUCUGGCACAACUAUAUCAUGUCUCGAUGUCAAAAAUAUUGAAAACAUGGAUGAACUAUUUAAAGAUUCAACGGAGUUCAAUGAUGACUUGUCUUGUUGGGAUGUUUCCGCUGUGACAAGCAUGAAAAGUAUGUUUUACGGAGCCGUUAACUUCGACCAAGACAUUAGUGGCUGGGACGUCGGAUCAGUAGAUGGCAUGUAUGGUAUGUUUYGAGAUGCCACUAAGUUCAACCAAGACAUUAGUCGAUGGGACGUUGGGUCGGUGACAGCCAUGGGAUAUAUGUUUAAGGGAGCCACUAAUUUCGACCAAGACAUUAGUGGCUGGGACGUCGGAAAGGUGAUCAGCAUGCAUUUUAUGUUUUCAGUAGCCGCUGAAUUCAACCAAGACAUCAGUCAAUGGGACGUCGGAUCGGUGAACAAUAUGCAUGGUAUGUUUCAAGCGGCAUAUGCAUACAAUCAGUCCCUCGACCGAUGGAACAUUUCGAAAGUGACUGGGCUGGGYAAUAUGUUUCUCGCUGCUACAAAGUUUAAUCAGUGUCUUGGGUCGUGGCCUGGAAAAGCUCAAAAGGAUUUUGGCGACAUCAACAUGUUUGAGUAUAGUGGCUGUGAAGAUAAAAGUGACGGUUUACACUAUUGUCGUAAGCAGGAUGAUACGUGCCCAUUACAUCUUGACAAAUGGGAGCUUAUUAACCACCGCUGGGGGGCCAACRAUAUUCACAUAACUUCACUGAAUCCACUCACUGGACUCACUGGGUUUAUUCUUUACGAGUAUAACAAAGGAAACAGCGAAGACGUUCAAGUACAGAUGUUUCCCAUGCCGGACAGCGACARCGUCUCUUGUUCCUCUGGUACGCCCUACAAUACCGGGAUAGGGAAAAGUUUGAAGGACAAUUCCAUUUGGGGAGUUGGCAACGGAGAGAAAAAAGUGUAUCAUGCCACGAAACCAUCAGAUGUUAGUUCGGAAGAACACAAGUUGAAGCCACUCGUCGACAAAGAGGAUGUUGCUGUUGGUGAGUGGUGUAAUCUAUGUAUGUCGACGUGGUUCUCCGACAAUUCAGACCAAUAGAGUCUUCAUUAUCUCACUCUCGCUCUCUCUUUGUUUCGUGUGUUUCGUGCUGCAUAUUGAUGGCGUGCAGGAAAAGUCACAUUCGAGAUCGAUGACCUAUUUAAAAGGAGCGAAGAUGGAGAAAAACAAACUGGCAAACUUUGUGCGUAAUUAUGCUGUGCUUUUUGUUCGCGUGAUGGAGUGUUUCGAUACAGUCUGAUAGGCAGCUGAUGAUCUUCUUUUUGCUGCUUUUUACRGCACGCAGGUAUCAGAGCUUCCUACAUGUGCGGUUCUUGCUUYGAGGGUGCUACUACAGAGASAGACAAAUGCUGCAAUUCUUGCAAGGAUGUAGAAGAUGCCUACGAAACAAAAGAGGGUUUACAGAUUGCGGAUAUCGAUGAUAAUAUACGCGCCCAGUGCAAGAUCCCACAGUAUAUCUCGUAUAUCGAUUACAAGCUUACCAUCGACGUUUGGAAAGCAGACUCUGGUAAAUUCAGUACCAGUACCAGAGUUGAAAUCUCGGGAACGAGUAGUGUUGCUAUGAAGGACGAGGUGGUGGAAGAGGUUGAAGUCGCUGCAAACUUGUGCGAUGGUAAUACCGGUCCUUUCAAGCUUGGUCAAGACUUUAGCAUCUGCAUGUCUGUGGGUGCUGGGAAUGCUUUAGGUGGCGAGUACUAUAUAAUUGGCUUCAAGAACGUGGUCUGUAAGAAUGCUUCUCACACCAGAGAACUUGUUGACGAAUCUGGUAGGGUCGUUCAAAGCUCGCUGACCAAAUUAAACGAGGAUGCCGACAAUGGCAACGAUUCCUACAAGGGAUUCACCAGUGUUGUCACCGCAGGAUUUGUUUCAAACGGUGAAUCUGAAGAAACUGAAGAUUCCUUUACCUGCGAGGGUGGUGUGGUACUGAAACAAAAAUCCAGGCGCCGUGAUCUCCAAGCCUCCRAAGAGAACGCAGAGGGUUUCUUUGCCUUAGAGAUUGCUAUCACUUCCGGGUACAAUGGGGUGGACGCGUUGGGGUCUACCGCACCUAGUGUUGUAGCGGGACCCCGGGCCAUUGCAACCGGAGCCAUGACCGUGGCUGCCGCGUUGUUGUAAGUUUCAAGACCUGCCAGCAACCGCUGAGUUGAGUUUCUGUACUAUUUUCAAACUUUCGCAAAUGGUCAACUUA